AUGAUGCUAUAUAAGCUUGUUGUUCUUGGUGAUGGUGGUGUUGGAAAGACUGCGCUGACAAUUCAGCUUUGUUUGAAUCAUUUUGUUGAGGUAAAUUUCGAACUGAUUGGAUCAAUUAAAGGAACGCCCAUCAUGAUGAGAGUGGUCAUUGAUGAUCAGCCCUGCAUUUUGGAGGUAUUGGAUACAGCAGGACAAGAGGAAUAUACUGCAUUACGAGAUCAAUGGAUCAGAGAUGGCGAAGGGUUCUUGUUAGUCUAUUCCAUCACAUCUCGCUCAACCUACGACCGCAUUGAAAGAUUCCGUGAUCAAAUCUUCCGAGUAAAAGAUGUCGACAAUGUGCCAUUGAUGUUGGUAGGCAACAAGUGCGAUAAAGUGACAGAGAGAGAAGUUACACGAGAAGAGGGAUACGCAACAGCAAAGAGAUUAGCUUGUGAUUUCAUCGAGACAUCAGCAAAAACAUGUGUCAAUGUCGAAAGAUCCUUUUACCAAGUCGUCAAAGCCAUCCGAGCCCAACGAGAGGGUUUGCGUGCCGGCCCAAAAGGAAAACCUAAGAAGGAAAAGAAGAGCAAAUGCUUGAUUUUGUAA